AUGGGCAGCAUGGAAUCAUCCAAGGAUUUCACCGUCACUAUCGUUGGCGGUGGGAUCGGCGGCCUCGUACUGGCCGUCGGUCUCCUGCGACGCAAAGUGCCCGUCCAGAUCUAUGAGGCGGCGCCCGCCUUCGCUGAGAUCGGACUUGGCCUGUCGAUUGGCCCUGCCGCGCACCGUACUAUGCCCCUCAUUGACCCUCAAAUUCGAGAAAUCUAUGACUCGCUCGUCACAACUCACGCAGAUAGCCCUGGCUACGAGCAGUUCCGCCAAACAUGGUUUGAGAUUGUAUGGGCCAGCGGUGACCGAGAGGGUGACACGCUGAUGAACCUGAAGGCGCUUCCGUCGGGGCAGACAACCUUGCGCCGAGCGGACUUUCUCGAUGCGCUGGUGGAUCUGAUUCCUCCCGAGAUUGUGCAAUUUGGGAAGCGACUUGAGAGUCUCGAAGAAACAGCUGAGGGGGUAUCCUUACGAUUUGAGGAUGGCACGACGGCCACCGCGGAUGUUGUUGUUGGGUGUGAUGGCAUUAAAUCCAAGGUAAAGGAGUCGAUGCUGCCGGAAGAGUCAAAGGAAAAACAGCCCCAGUACAGUGGAAUGUACGGGUAUCGUGCUGUACUGGAUAUGGAUGAGAUGGUGGAGGCUGUCGGCGAGCAACGUGCGAGGGUGUCCACCAUGUAUGUCGGAAACGGGGCAUACGGGAUCUCAUAUCCGAUCAUGCGGGCCAAGAAAGUGAAUGUCGGCCUUUAUAUCUUGAGUGAGAAAUGGGAUUGUGACACCUGGGUUCGACCUGCCGAGAGGGAGGAGAUGCGAAAGGAUGCCAAGAAUAUGGGCAGAUAUGUGAAUGCCCUUAUUGAGCGCAUGCCCGAUCCCUCUCAAUGGGCGAUUUUCGAGCAUCCUCAUAUCUCCACGUACUCUCGGUCCAAGGUUGCCAUCCUUGGAGACGCCGCACAUGCCUCUACACCGCAUCAGGGUGCUGGUGCCGGACAGGCUAUUGAAGAUGCCCAUGUGAUUGCUGAGCUCCUCGGGGAUGCGCGUGUUACUAAGCCGGAGGAUGCUGUAGCUGCGUUCAAGGCAUAUGAUGAGGUUCGACGACCGCGAAGCCAGAGGGUCGUCACUAGUAGUAAGGAAAAUGCGUACCUCCUCUGCUUAUGCUUGAACGGUGUGGGUGAUGAUGAAGAGAAACUCAAGGAGACGUGGAACCAGCGCCUCCGCUGGCUGUGGGAUCUGGAUAUCCAGGAACAGGCGGAGGAAGCCAGGAAGAAAAUGAUCGAGCACAUGCGAGCAUGA